AAUAUAAAAUGUCUGUAUAGGCCAUAUGUGCAAAAGCAAAUGGAGAACCUUGCUGUGACUGGGUUGGAGAAACAGGUGCAGGACACUUUGUAAAAAUGGUACACAAUGGUAUUGAGUAUGGUGAUAUGCAGCUUAUUUGCGAAGCGUAUCACAUUAUGCGAAAUGGUUUGAAUCUUCGUCCAGACGAGAUGAGUCGAGUCUUUGAUGAAUGGAACAAGGGAGAGCUGGAUUCAUUUUUAAUUGAAAUUACGAGAGACAUCCUUAUGUAUAAAGAUGAAAAAGGCUACUUAUUGGAGCGUAUCAGAGAUACUGCUGGUCAAAAAGGAACUGGAAAAUGGACAGCUAUUGCUGCGUUGGAUUACGGCGUGCCUGUAACUCUAAUAGGAGAAUCAGUCUUCGCUAGAUGUCUUUCUGCUUUACAAAGUGAGAGAAUACAAGCAAGCAAAGUAUUGACAGGACCUGAUGCCGUGUACCAAGGUGACAAGAAGCAGUUUUUGGAACAUUUGAGAAAAACUCUUUAUGCUUCAAAAAUCAUUUCUUACGCACAAGGGUUUAUGUUAUUAAGAGAAGCUGCCAAAAUUUAUAAUUGGAAUUUAAAUUAUGGUGGUAUAGCCCUCAUGUGGAGAGGUGGAUGUAUUAUAAGAAGUGCUUUCUUGGGAAAUAUAAAAGCUGCAUUUGAUAAGAAUCCAAAACUUUCUAAUCUGUUAAUGGAUGACUUCUUUGCUAAAGCGAUGAAAGAAUGUCAAGCUAGUUGUAGAAUAGUUGUAUCUACAGCUGUAUCCCUGGGCAUACCAACUCCUGCAUUGUCAACUGCCUUGGCUUUCUACGAUGGUUACAGAACUGCUCGACUUCCAGCUAAUUUACUUCAAGCCCAAAGAGAUUACUUUGGAGCUCACACUUACGAACUACUUGGACAAGAAGGAAAAUUUGUACACACUAACUGGACUGGACAUGGUGGCAAUGUAUCUGCUUCUACAUACGAUGUAUAAAAAUAAUUAACACAACUUUAAAUCAACAGAUUCUAUAUAAGUACAUGAAGUUUGUGAUUGAUACAUGUUUAUAUGUAUUAUAUUUCUAAUACAAGGAUGGUUGUGAAAAACCAAAAAAUCACUUUUUGUAAAUACUUUUUAAAUGAUAGAAGGACACAUUCACUUUUGAAAGAUAUAAAUGUACAUAGGUAUAAGUAUGUUAUUAAUCAAACCGGUUAAUGGAAUGUACCUACUUUAUGAAAAAACUGCUGACUAUAAAAAUUAUAUAUAUUUGCUUAGGAAAUGAAGACAGUAAGAUUUAUGUUAUGUACUAACAUAUUACUAAUUCUCUUUUAUAUAAGAAAGUCGUAAACAGAUAUAUAUAUACGUGUGUAAAGAAAAUAGUAGAGCAUGACUUUAAAUUGGUCGACAGCACAUGUGAGACCAAUGCGGAAGUAAUUUAAUCUAACCUUUCUGUUACAAUUAUUACCAUAUCACAUUUCACAGUAACAAAAUAUCGACAAAUGUAUUUUAUAAAUUCUAACAUAUUAUUCAAUACCAGUUUCAAACUUGUUACGCAGUCAAUUCUUAAUUUAAAUGCUUAACAAAAAUCGUGUGUUCACGUACACAAUAAUACCGACAUAGACUAAAAUGGAAAUCCAAGUAAAAAUAACAAAUUUCAAGCCAUGAGUCACCAAAGUUAAAUAAAACUGGUAAAUCCACUAUAGUUUAGAUUACUAACAAAUCCUUCAUAUUGUUGCGUCAAAAUAAAUUGUUUGUUAGUAAAAUAA